UUCCGCCGUCGUUGGCCGUCGUAGGAAUUCCCCAUCGCCGGAGCAUAGCAGUUCAGUCAUCGCUCCCCCGCAGCUCCUCUCGAAACCACAUAAGAAGCCGCACCUCGCCUCUCGGACCCACGCUCCGCCGGUGCAACGCCGCCAGCGAAAGCAAACUCUGAGCUCGCGAUUCACUCAUGGAUGCUGCGCACCGACGAUUAAAAUCAAUCGUCCGCCAUCUCCUCCAACCCGAAACCCUCCUCUUUCAUGGAAUCGAUUCGAAUCUGCUUCUAGGGCUCGAUCAACCGCAUAAAUCUUCGUCUUCUCCGGUUGUUAUCGGGGGCAUGGUUUUGGAUAUUAUUGCGAAGCCCGAUAGUUACCCAUAUCCUGGAACGACCACCGUCGGCACUAUUGAGUAUGUGAGUGGAGGAGUUGCAAGAAAUGUUGUUGAAUGUAUGACAAAGCUUGGAAGCAGGCCUUUCAUGAUAAGUGUUUUGGGAUCUGACAUGGCAGGAGAAUUGCUGUUGAAAUUAUGGGAAUCUAAUGAACUUCCCACAGAAGGACUGCUGAAGCUGAAAGGUAUCUCUACUCCAGUUGUAUCCAACAUUUUUGACUGCAGUGGGGAGUUAAUUGCAGGUGUAGCAAGCGUUCAUGCUGUUGAAAAAUUUCUAAGACCAGAAUGGAUUUGGAAGUUUAAGCAUUACAUAUGUUCGGCGCCAAUAUUGAUGGUUGAUGCAAAUCUACAUCCAGAAUCAAUCAAAGCUGCUUGUCGAAUAGCAGCUAAAUCUGGUACUCCAGUGUGGUUUGAACCAGUUUCAGUGACAAAAUCUGCGAGAAUAGCAUCUAUUGUAGAUUAUAUAACAUGUGCAUCUCCUAACGAAAAUGAGCUCAUUUCCAUGGCGAAUGCGCUGUCCCCCACACCAACCUUCACCUUUGUUCAACAGCAUUCAACUAACGGAAAACGAAGGCAGUCGAUCCAAUCAUUGUUCAAUCUCUUAAAAUCCGCAAUAAAUCUUUUGCUGGGAAAGGGAAUAAAAUUGCUUGUAGUGACCCUCGGCUCCGACGGCAUAUUCUUAUGCUUCCGAGAGGCUACUGAGUUCUUAAAAUACAUUACCAUGAAGAACAAUGAAGGAGCUCAUCAAAAUAGAGAACUUUAUGAAGUUAUAAACAAAUAUUGUCCUUCUCAUCAGUAUGAAAGUUUUCUGAGAUUUGGUCUGAAGAAUUCAGAUUCUUUUGCAUUUCAUCUUCCAGCUCCUGCUGCUUCAGUGGUGAACUUAACAGGUGCAGGGGACUGUUUAGUUGGUGGAAUGCUUUCUUCUCUCUGCUCUGGUUUGGAUGUGUUGCGAAGUGCGGCGGUGGGUGUCGCUGCGGCAAAGGCGGCAGUUGAGGCUUUUGAUAAUGUGCCUGUUGAGAUUUUAAUGGACAGAAUUGGUUCUGAAACACAGAGAGUUCUUUCAGCUGCUACUCAGCUUUUGUUUGCUGCUUAGUUUGGUUCAAGUUCUCAGUUUCAGGUGCAAAUGAAGCAAGUUUUAGAUGCUUGUUUAGCAGUGACAAUCAAUUGUAAGCCAUUGUGUUGUCAGUUUUCUUAUGAACUUGUGGUGUUUGUAUGAUCAUUGCCAGAUUGUGGUUUU